UUUUAACGACACACUUUGUCACAUGCAGGGUUAUAGGCUCCUCCCCAUGAACUGUGGCAAGUUUUUAUAAUUUAUUUCAUCCCUCUGUUGGUGACAGCCAGACGUUCCCUUCUGCUCAUCCUCGCCACUGACACAACAUCCCAGAAGUAUGUCUGAUGUCUGGAUUUUAUUGUUUCUUCUCCCGUUUGGGGCAAAAGCGUUCAUGAUCCACAACACACAGUUCAGCUUGUGUCUGGAGGACUCAGCAGCUACAGGUGAAGUCCUGCUGAGAAAAUGCAACCUGGACUCAGAGUCUCAGCAGUGGAUCUGGAUCAAUCGGGGCAUGCUGAUGUCUGUUGCAUCAUCCAGAUGUUUGUCAGCCCUUGACAGAGAGCCUGUCCGGACUCUGUCCUGCAGUGGCUCAGAGGUGGAUGUGACGGGGUUAAUGUGGGAUUGUGACAGAGGCAGGCUGAUCAGCGGGAACACUUCGAUGCUGCUGUCAGUCGAUGGCUGGCGUCUGAUUCUCACACAUGGCAGCAAGCACUCAAAGUGGAGAUCUCUGGAUGAGGGGGACAUCUGCGAAAAACUCAGAUCCAGGAGGGCAUCAGGUGACAAAGAGGAGUUUGAGACUGGUAAGGGGAAGACAGACGAGCUGGCGGGCAUGACGGAUGAGCAGAGGGAAUACCUCCGCUGGUUCUAUCGCACAGAGGACACGACCAUAUGGACGUUUGUUCUGCUGGGCCUGGCUUUCGUCUGCCUUCUUGUUGGUUUUCUGCUGCUGGGAAUGGGAGCCAUGUCCAAUAAGAACAGAAAGAAGAUUGCUAAGUACAAGGCAGCAGCUGCUGUGGCUCAGAAAAGUGAGGAGUUGCGCAUCAUUUCACCUCUCAGAGAGGACAGCAGCAGCAAAGCGUCACCGCCACUUGACAGGCUGAUGCAGGGAAACAAAGCCUCCCCAGGCAACGGGGAGGUGAGCGAGCUCACAGCAGGAAACAUCAUGGUCACAUGGAAAGACGGUAACACCUCCUGCCUGUACUCAGAUCACGCAACAGAGGAGGAGAAACAGGAGGAGGUUCAAGAGGAGAAACAGGAGGUGGUUCAAGAGGAGAAACAGGAGGUGGUUCAAGAGGAGAAACAGGAGGAGAAACAGGAGGAGGUGUCAGCAGCUGAGCUGGAGGCUGAUGAGGCAGUGAAGACGGAGUGAAGAGAGCUUCCAUUUCAUAUGGUUUAACCAAGGGUUAGGCAACCUGUGGCCCCGGAGCCACAUGUGGCUCUUCAGGCCAUUUGCUGUGGCUCCCUGUUGCUGUGACAACAAAAAUAUACGAAAUGAAAAGGUCAUUUCUUUACAUUUUAAUGUUCAUUUAUCAUUGGUGUAAGCCCAAAGCAAUUUGUAUUCCUCAAUUGUAAAAAUGUGUCGCUUAUAUAUGCCAUUAAAAAAAAUGUGCAACUACAUGUUGACUAGACGAAAGUCUACGGCCCAGCACCUUAAAUUUUUGAGGUGCUGCAUUCUCACAAAAUCAUAUUAAGAAAUGCUCAUUAUGACCUGUAAGUAAUGUUGGUAGGCUAGUUUAGACUAAGUAGGCUGUUUUAUCUUCAUUUUCAAGGCUGAAAAGACAUUUUUUUUCUCUUUUUUUGGACAAUAAUGGCAAUUUGUUAGUAAAGGUUGCCGACCCCUAGUUUAACCCUUCGCCCUCCAGGAUGCUAACACUACAUCUUUGAUUGACUACUAAUACUAUGAAGUAACAAAGCAUGACAUCAUGUAUGUUGGAUGUGUUGUAGUCUAACAAUGACUGUAGUUUAAAUGCUGUUAGUUCCAGCUGUCUCAAAUGUUAAUGCAUCAAUAAAUAAGUGGAUAAAG